UCGAAGGUCAACCCCGUGGUAGAUAUGAAUGCGACGAAACGGAAAUUCAACGCUCUUUUGAGUGGAAUUGGGAACAAAUCAACCACCUCUUUAUCCUCCAAAGAAGUAAACAAUGCCUCACGAACCGACUUGACGCCUGCCAGCGACCCAGAUUCACAGGCUAAAAAGCGCCGGACUAGUAACUCCGAUUCAAUAUCAUCCCAAAAUACAUCGCACGUUACCUCAAGGCUUUUGACCAAAAGUUCGACGAAAGCUAUGCCACACACGAAGUCGACAUCCCUGGCAACGGCCGUGGUGACUACAGAGUCCCCCAAAUACACACCCUGGGAUCGCGAACAAUUUCUCAAGCGUCUUAAAUCAUUCUCGAACUUGACAGACUGGACACCGAAGCCGGCGAGAGUCAAUGAGGUGGAAUGGGCGAAACGGGGUUGGGUCUGCCAAAAGUUUGAGAGGGUACGGUGCUGCUUGUGCAAUGUGGAAAUACUUGUGAAACUUAAUAAAAAGGAAGUGGAUGGUAAAGAGGAACCGGUGUAUGUUGCGCAGAAUAUUGAAGAUGCUCUUGUGGAUAAGUAUGUGGAGCUUAUUGUUACUUCACACGAGGAGAAUUGCCUUUGGAGGAAAAGAGGCUGUGAUGAUUCGAUAUUCAAAUUACCUCUCAGUAAUGCCGAAAUGACCAUCCAAGCACUCCGUGAGCGAUAUAACGAGCUUUACAAUAGAAGCGAGAACCUCCCGUACCCUUUCAACAUGCGAACUCCUCCAGACUUUGAUUUGGAUCUUAUUCUGAGCUAUCUACCAAACAAUUUCUUCGUCUCGCCAGAUACAUCUGAAGAUGUUCCACCCGCAAAAGUCAAUAAAGUCGCAUUUACCAUGGCACUGUUUGGAUGGCAAGGUUAUAAGCACGAGAGGCUAGGAGUUCAGUCUGGAUCCGUGUCAUGCCAAGCAUGCUUCAGAGUGCUUGGUCUGUGGAUAUUCAAGAGCAAAGAAAUCAACGAAGCUGGUGAAGAAGUGGCUAACCCGGUAGUAAACUGCCUGGAUAUUGUCAAAGAGCAUAGGGACUAUUGCCCGUGGCGCAACGCAGCUUCUCAGAAUGGACAGAAAGCUACGGAAAGUUCUGAAAGCACUACCCUAGCUGGAUGGGAGAUAGUGCUACGAGUAUUGAAAAACGACCACUAUCUCCGCCACGGUAACGAAAUGCAAGCCGCGAGAGCUUCCAUGCCUGUAGCUUCCAAGCCUGUAGCUUCUGAUGAUGCUGUCAGUGAGAUCCAUAGUACUCUGGAGGAGGAUGAAGAUGCUAAGAGUAGAGAUGAGAAGGACAAGCAGCGGUGGGCAAGAUUGAGACGGGUUAAGAGUUUGUUUGAUACGAAAGGAGGAAAGAAAGGGAAGAGGCCCGAGUCUCUGGGGAAGCCAGCGACGUGA